UUGAGGUUGAGGGUGAAAGGGGGAGCAGACUGUCUCGAGUAGGAACACCCAUCCUCAAGCCAACAACCACCACCACCACCAAAACCAUGCAGAACGAACCAGACCCAAACUACAUCGACCCACUCAUCGCACUAGCACCCACCCCAACCAACCUCUCACGACUAGCAGCAACAGCAACAACAACAGACAAACUCAUCCAGAUCAAACAAGUCUUCACCAAUGCCUACCUCAGAGCGGCCAGCACCGGAGACAGCGACCUACUAGAAUGGCUGCUCAACAAAACCACCACCCCAAACGAACACCCACUCUCACCAUCCCCAUCCAGCUCACACCAUAUCACCCUCCUCAAACCAGGCCAAGCACGACAAUGGAUCGAUCUAGAGGCCAGGGACGAAGACGGAUCACCAGCUAUCAUCCUUGCCGCCGCCUUCGGCCAUGCAGAGGCUGUCAGGGCCAUCGUAGACGGACUGGGUGACCAAGUCGUUGACAGAAGAGAUGCUGUUGGCUGGACCGCCCUACAUUGGGCUGCUCGGAAUGGCGACCUGACCAUCGUCUCAUACCUACUCAACCAUGGUGCCUCAACCUCACUAGUCUCAUUCACCGAUCGAUUUCCUUCCGAACCUCCGCCAUCUUCCCUACACAGCCGCCAAGCCUCAUCCUGCUCUAACUCAAUCUAUGCCGGCUCUGACUCUCGCUCAUUGGCCCCAAGUGAGCAAGACUCAACCUCAACAGCAACAACCCCACAUCCUCCCAAGCGAAGGCGAACAAAACCUAGAGGCCUCCGUCCCUACGACCUUGCCAAGAGAGACGAACAGGGAGAGACCAUCCGCGAGAUCAUCAGAAUCGCCGAACAAGCUAAAUCCUCCACCAUCCCCCCUCACUCUCGUCGUCCCUCUCAAGCCUCAGUCCGGAGUCUCAGACUAGCCGAAGUUCAAUCCGAGGCCGACCUGGCUAAAUCUGAAGCCAAGAAGAUCAUCCAACUUGCCAGACUAUCCUCAAAAACACUCGAUAUCGAGCCGAGCCUAUUAGGCCUAGAGCCUGAAUCAAAUCAGAAUCAACCCAUCGAUUUCCCCUCAAACCUUCAUCUUCAUCAUCAUCAUCAUCAUCAUCAUCAUCAUCAUCUACAAACACAAAACCAAGCGGUCAUCAGUGGUCUCAUGGCCAGUUUUCAUGACGAAUGGGAGCAGGAGCAACGGGCAGAAGAAUUCGAAUGGGAACGCUGUCAACCGGAUCAGAUGCUCGUCUGCUCACUCGAAGAACUCGAGGGGGUCUUCGAGGCAGUCAUCAAGACGAUCGAACCUCGCCAAGCCAGAUCCGACCGCUCCGUCCCAGCCAACGUCUUGUUCUUCUGUGCUCGUUUCGCCGCUCAUAUGGGCACCGUCGAACUAUUAGAAGAAGUCUUGUUAGGAGCUGUUGAUCGGAUAGAGGAGAUGAUUCUUGCUCGACAGGAGAAUAUGGCCAACUCGACCUUCUGGCUGUUCAACUCAAUCUGUUUGCUAUACUACAUCCGCCGAGAACCCUUACUGAACGAGCUCACGGCACCCGACAUCCAACUGCACUUCGAAGACCUUGUGAAUGAGAUCUAUGUGUUUAUUAUUCGGGAUGCCGAGCGGCGCUUGGACAAGCUGAUCGACUCGACCAUCCUCGACUUCGAGCCCUUGCCCGAGAUGGCCGUCGACUUCGAGCCCGAAGGAUCCUGGCGCUUCGUCCGAGCACUGACCGUCAAACGCAACCGAACCACUUCCUUCAGACCCGCAAUCCCUCGAUUUAAUACCAAGCUGGAUACUGCCAGUAGUGACGGCACUCAGGUCACCUCCCCCACCAAACCACCCAGCUCUACUCUCAGCGUCACCAGUUUUUCCUCUCCUGGACACGGACCUCGAACAACUAGCGCCCCCAACUCAUCCCAACCCCACUCAUCCUUACCAUCCACCCUCAAGACCACCAAGAUGAUCACCGAUCUACUCUCGUCGGUGCUCUAUCUACUCCAAGCGUAUGAGAUCCAUGGCUCGGUGAUUGUGCAGAUCUUUUCGCAGAUCUUCUACUGGCUCUCAUGCGAGACCUUCAACCGGAUCAUCUCAAGACGCAAAUAUCUCUGUCGCUCGAAGGCCAUGCAGAUCAAACUGAAUGUGACGACGAUUGAGGAGUGGGGCCGGGCGAACCGGCUGCCGACGGGCGUGGUCCGGAAACACUUGGAGCCGCUCAACCAGUUGCUCAAGUGGAUCGAGUGUCUCUCGGCCAGCGGGGCCCGCUCCUUCGACCAGCUCAUCGAGAUCGUCUCUAGUCUUAAAACCCUCAACCCCGCCCAACUGCUCAAAGUCUCGAGAGACUAUCGCUUCGAAGUCGACGAGCCAAAGCUCUCGGAGGAGUGUCGCCAGUAUCUGGUCCAGACCCAACAGGACUGGGACCGACGUCGGAUCCAACGAGUCUCGGAACUCGAGCUGGACGACAAACGCUCCUCCUCCUUGGAGCCCGGGGAGACCACGGUCUCCUUACCCUCUUCGCCUGCGAAGGAAACGAUCAUUAAGACGAAGGACGACGGGCUGGCCAAAGCGAUCCAAGCCAUCGAUGCCGCCUUCGGGAGCGACGAGGACAUGGAGGCCUACGGCUCGUACGAGCCGCCAGUGGCCCCGGAAUGUCUCGGCGAGCUGCUCGACUCCCGCCAGAUGCUGCCCUUCGGCCUUCCCACGGCCACCGAGGUUCUGCUCAGCUUCAAGAAAACAGUGCCCUUUGGCAGUCUUAAGACGUAUCUCAUCCCCGACGAACCGAAGCCUGGCAGCCAUUGGUGGGCUUCCUCGGAUCUCUCGUCUCUCUCUGAUGAUGAUGAAUCUCUCUCGGAUGAUGAUGCCGUUGAUGAUCAGAUUCACCUUAAUGGUAAUGGUCAUCAUCAGGAGCCGACCGACGAUCAAUCUUCUUUUGAAACCCCGCGGCUCAAACCCUCGCUAGCCUUAUCCUCCUCACCCUCACCAUCCUCCUCCUCCAUCUCCAAGCCGACGCCCCUGCCCUCAACCAACUCCCAUGCCUCUUCUUCGCCCUCCUCUUCUCCACCCUCUGUCCUCACCCCUACUACCCCUACCACUACCACUACUGUCAAUAAGAAUCCCGCCCAAUCGCGUAAUCCCGUCGUCCCGAUCGUCCCCUCUCAUGUCCUCAAACGUAUCGAUCGAUGUCUGUUUAAGUCUAAUACCGCGUCUACUUAAUCUCAUUUAUUCACUCUUUCUUUGCAGAUCUUCGUUUAGUCUGUUGUCGGUUUCUGUACCUUGUUCUUCUUUCUUUAUCUUCUCUCUCUCUCUUCAUCUUCCUUGAUUGAUUAAUCCUCUCUCUUCUCUCUCUUUCGAUUACUCCAUUGAUCUUGGUUUUUUUUUGUUAAUCAUUCAUCUCGUUUUUUUUGGGGGUUUUUUUUGGGGGGUGGGGGAGGGGUUCAGUGUUGGGUUUUUGUUUUGGUGGUGGGUGUUGGCUGAGUUGACGACAACAAAAACAAACAGAUUGGGUUGGGUUGUAGGAGAUACAGAUAUGUUUGAGUAGAGCAAGAAGAGCAAACAUACAUAUCUCAUGAUCG